UUUUUUUUUUUUUUUUUUUUGUUGCAGCAUAAAGAGGUCCCCGCCCUUCUCUACAAAUCAAAACUUACCUUUUUAUUUUCUCUUUUAUUUUGAAAACACCCAUUUAUUGUUCAAGCCAUGAGCAGUGGAUCAGAAAGUGAAUAUGCUAGAUAUUGGAUCGAAUGGUUUCUAGACACUAAAGGCAAUGAAUACUUUUGUGAAGUCGAUGAAGACUAUAUAUUAGACAGAUUUAAUUUGACUGGCCUAAGUGCUGAAGUACCUCAUUACUAUCUAGAAGCACUCGAUAUGAUUACGGAUAACUUAGACGAAGAAGGACUCGAUGAAAAAGUAAGAGAACAGAUUGAGAAAUCAGCACGUCAUCUCUUUGGUUUGAUACAUGCCCGUUUUGUUAUCACUAGCCGCGGCCUUAUGAAGAUGCUUGAUAAAUACAAAAGAGCAGAAUUCGGUCGUUGUCCUCGAGUGCUAUGUAAUAUGCAACCAUUGCUUCCAGUUGGUUUGUCUGAUAUCCCAAUGACAAAGACAGUCAAAUUGUAUUGUCCUCGUUGUGAGGAUAUCUACAAUCCUAAAUCAUCACGUCAUAGUGCUAUUGAUGGUGCUUAUUUUGGCACUUCUUUUCCUCAUAUGCUAUUCCAAGUCCACUCUAAUUACUUGCCCACCAAAACAACGGAGCGAUAUGUGCCUCGUAUCUUUGGCUUCAAAAUUCAUGAAAUUGCUAACCAGCAUAGAUGGCAGGAUCAAGCACGCGAACAGUUUGAAGCUAAAAGAAAACAAUUACAACAGCAAAAGGAAGAGGAUUUGAAUGAACAAUAAAAAAAAAAAAAAAUAAUAAUUAAGCAAUAUAUGACUUUAAAGCAGCGGG